AUGGAUGAGAGGGAGACGGAGGCGCUGAUGGGGACGGUGGCCAUCGGGAGCAUGAUCUCGAUCGUGAGCGUGCUGUUCCUCGUCACCUCGGCCUUCCUGCUGGGCAAGUGGCGCAAGAGCUACUGGCGCGUCAUCCUCUGCCUCGCCUUCUCCGACCUCACCGUCUCCUGCUCCUUCGUCGCUGGGGCUCUGCCCGUGUUCCUGUGGCUGGAGCCGCUGUCGGAGGUGCCGUGCAACAUCCAAGGGGCGCUGGUGCAGUUUGGCGGCAGCGGCACUGUGUACUACGCGCUCGUGAUCGCCUUUGUGCUCUACAUGCAGGUGGUGCGAGGAACCAAGAUCACACGAAGAAUGGAGGUCGCGAUUCACCUGAUCUGGCUACCUCCCACGUUCCUCCUCGCCCUGCUUCCGCUCGACAACCCGGGAGGCAUCCACUACGACAACUCUGUGGGUUGGUGCUGGAUCGCUGAGAAUCCCAAGUACGCCCGGUUUAUAUGGUACUACAUGUGGGUCUGGUUUGUCAUCGCCGCAAUCAUUGGCCUCUACUACGCCAUUUUCUCGCACAUGCGACGAGGCGCCCAGCAGGUCAAGUUUGCGCGCUUGACGGAGAUCGCGUCAGGGUCGGUGUACUCCCAGCAAGCGAAGAGUUCGCAACGCCUCCUGCUCUACCCGUUGGCCUUCAUCAUCUUCUGGAUCCCCGCCACUACCAACCGAAUAUUGGAGGCGACCGGGCACUCGGUGUUCGCGGUGACCUACUUGGAGUGCUUCUUCGUGCCACUCCAGGGGAUCACCAACACCCUGAUCUACCUCUUCACCUCCCAGGCGCACAAGGAUAUCUAUCGUGGCAUGCGAAGACAGCCCCGCCAUGGAGACUUGGCCACGGAAGGGAGAGACAGCCCGGGCUUGGGCCGUGGCGUCAGAGCUUCCCCACCAACGUGGGGCGAGGAAAAACAGCCAUUGAUGUCCUCACCACACUCCAUCAACAACCCCACAUUGAACUAG